AUGACCCUAUGGCUUGUCAGCCAGAACGAGCCGGAUAGGUCCGAUUACCAUCUUUCCGAUGCGCUCCUAAAUACGCUCAACUCGAGUGUGGGUAUCGAUGACGAAGUGGAGAUCCAUCGUCGCGUCUGUUCUAAUCCCGAGGAGCCGACAUUCGGUGGCUAUCCCUGCCGCUUCCAAAGUGUCAGGAUUUUUGUUGCGCAAAAUUGUGGGACUGGAGCAGCAAAAAAGGCGGAUAUCGAGCGAGAUAUCCGUGACUUGGACGCGGACGAAGUGGAAGAAUGCAUCAAACUAUGGCCAAUUCAGGAUGCGGCUGAAUCCGUCGAGCGC